GUGCGUUCUCUAGUUGUCGAGGUGGUCUUUGCUAAAAUCUCGUCGUCACGUUGGCGUGACUUGUAUAACAAAAGCCGGAGCCGACGCUAAUUUGAAUGAUGCAGAUUAAUGUCCAUCGAUUUGUGUUAUUUUUAUUAUUAUGCAUCUUUCAAUGCUUUUGUCUUCCCACCGAUUUCCAGAGCAUCACGGAUCCGGUGGCGAUUGGCAGUCAGGAAUGGCGAGCACAACUUCAACAUAUGGAACUGCUUCAUUUUUUGAAAAACAUUUCCCAUCCGUACCUUCGCGUCAAACGACUUGUCGGGUCAGAUAUCACAUUAAACAGGCAGCAAAAAUAUCAAGCUUGCAUCGCACCAGACAAUCAAAGGGGCCACUGCAUGCAUUUAUUGGGAUGCUUUACACCGGAGGAGCUCCAGGAUUCUUCGACCCUUGUACAAUUUUGGAAUCAUACGUGUUCAAUUGAGGAGACAUACCUUGGUUUAUGCUGUCCGGAUAACGUCGUGAUAGUUCGAUCGGAAAAAACGUUCCACGAUGAUUUAGCUAGCAAGUUACCGGCGAUAGCGAGUCUCGACGACAAAGAAGAGUGGAACGAAACCCACGGGAACGUGGACGAGAACGAGCCACCUGUCAACAAGACAGCGCACGGCGAUGCGAAUUUGCAGACAGACAUGACCAAGCAAGAGACGAGGAAGCCACGAAGACCCAGAGGGUGCGGCAUGACCACGAAAACGAAGAUCAGAAUCGCGGGUGGCCAACCGGCUGACCCUAAAGAGUGGCCGUGGAUGGCGGCUCUUCUCAGACAAGGCGCGAUUCAGUACUGCGGAGGUGUAUUGAUCACUGAUAGACACGUACUUACCGCCGCGCACUGCGUUUACAGAUUCAAACUGCACGACAUCACGGUGAGACUCGGCGAGUACGAUUUCACUACGUCCGAGGAGACGCGGGCGUUGGAUUUCAUGGUGACGGAGAUACGGAUACACAGGGACUUCAAAUUGAGCACAUACGAGCACGACAUCGCUAUCAUUAAGAUUCAUCGACCUACGGUAUUUAACAGCUACAUCUGGCCCAUCUGCCUCCCGCCUAUUCAGCAAUCGUUCGAGAAUAAGAAUGCCAUCGUUACUGGUUGGGGCACGCAGUACUACGGUGGACCCGCUAGUACAGUGCUGUUAGAAGCCGCGGUGCCGGUAUGGCCCCAAGAAAGAUGCGUUCGCAGCUUCACGCAACAAAUCUCAAAUACUACUAUGUGCGCUGGCGCUUACGAGGGAGGCCGCGACGCCUGUCAAGGUGACUCGGGCGGUCCGUUGCUGCAUCAGCUCGCCAACGGCAGGUGGGUCAACAUCGGGAUAGUAUCCUGGGGGAUUCGCUGCGGUGAACCCGGAUAUCCGGGGAUUUAUACCCGUGUGAGCUCUUACCUCGAUUGGAUAUUCGCGAACGCCGUGUUUUGAGAGUCAUGUUUUGCCGCCGUUCUCACGUGCCAAAGAUUUUUUUUCUAUUUUUAUACACGUACGUUUAGACUUUUCUUGUACUUACGUAAGAGACAUGCAUCCCCGUCUGCAGAUAAAACAAUCCUCUGGUCAGUCAUGCGACGUAUGAAGAAAAGAGAGUUUAUUAAAUGACCAUUCGAUUGCGGACACCGAGGUAACUAGAUCGAUCUUGAAAACGAUUAAACUUUAUUUUCGGAAUAUUCAUUGAUACAUCGUUGAAAGAGAGAUUGACACAGAUAGAAUUUCACUCUUCACGAUGCGUCACACCCCUCGUGUCACCACACCACGUUUACAGCAGGACGACCGCGGAGUAUCAUCAGCCACCUACACCGUUUGUUCAUACAUUAAACACGGGUAUGCAAUUGCGACCGCACAUGACCAUACCUGUCUCGUAUACGUAUGUAUACAUGUGUGUGUAUAUGUAUGUGUGGCUCCGUGUGUGCAUUCGCAGAUAUAUAUGCACCCGCAAUCGAUAUUAAUUUCUCAGACACGUCACAGACUCUCGUUUCGCGAGAGGCCCAGCCUCUCACGUUUCGCCACGAGUGGCCCUAAACACCGAUAUAAUUUAGCUACGGUAACUUUUUGCCUUUGCAGCCAUAUACAUAUAUAUAUAUAAUCUAAUCUCGUUAACAUAUACAUGUAUUUUGCGUAUACAUAUAUAUAUAUAUAUCUUUUUUCUCUUUUAUAUAUUUUAUAUAUAACAUCCUUACACACGUGCGAUAGGUACGGAAUUCUGUGUUCGCGCGGGUCUCGCGGACGCGUUGCGAACUGUAAAAUAUUUGUCAUGUCGGGCAUGCGACGAUAAACACUGUGGCCGAGCUAUGUCUCUUUCGUGAUGCUUACUCGCGAUUCCGUAAACGAGGAAGGAUGCGAAAAAUAUUUUACAAUUUAAUAAAAAAGUUAUAUUGGAAGAAGCUUAUACGCAAGUAUUUCUACAGAAUGUGUAACAUGCGCUUUGGUCGGAGAAAAUUUAUCGUUCUAUCCCUUACGUUCCGAACUUUAAGUCAACCUCGUCAAUCUCAAUAAAUUUUGACUUUA